GGUUACACCAUCAUCAAUCAUUUUCCAUCGAUUCUUAUCCUUCUAGCACGCUUUCAAAACUGCUCCAUCGGUUUCUGUUGUUACAAUCACUUCUAUAAGCACGUCUUUCGCAAUACGACAAUGUCUCGCGGCGGCACCACCCUUUACGUGACCGGCUUCAGCCACGGCACCCGCGCUCGCGACCUCGCCUACGAGUUCGAACGCUAUGGCAGACUGGUUCGCUGCGAUAUUCCUGCGCCCAGGUCUACGUCCAGCCGCCUCUUCGCCUUUGUUGAGUAUGAGGACCGACGUGAUGCUGAUGAUGCUUAUCACGAGAUGCAUAACAAACGUAUUGGUCGUGAUGACAUUCUAAAGAUUGAGUGGGCUCGCACUCCUCCAUCUGCAUCUUGGCGCUUCGAGUCAGGCCGCGAUCGUGACCGACGUGGUGGCGCUCGCUCCCCUAGACGUGGGCGUUCUCCUUCUCCUCGCCGCAGCACUCGCGAUUAUUCUCCUCGCAAGGACGACCGCAGGGACCGUGACCGAGAUUAUGAUCGUGAGAGCCGACGUGACAGGGAUCGCUCCCGCAGUCCUGACCACCGGGACCGUGAGCGUGACUCAAAGGAUGAUCGGGAGGACCGUGACCGCCGAGAGAACGGCACUAACGGUGAUGACCGAAAGCCUCUCGACAGUCCUCCCCCUGCUAACGAGGAUCUCGACGUCGCCGAGUGAGCGUUCCAUAUGCAGUGCUGCUAAAAGCGCUCGCAAUGUUGUCUGGGCUUGUCAAGCUCAAGCAAAAGUUUCUGCUUUCUGGCCGAAGCUAGCUUCAUUCCCUGCUACUGGACAGGUGCAAUGUGUAAUAUUGUUUGAAUGUCCUAACUGGAUGGCAACGUACACGAAGUACGGAUACCAUGUUGAGUUGGGUGAUCUCGUUUUCUGAGACUGAAGGCUUUUGCCACGGCGCGUUUUGUUUGGAGGCUUCUCCUUUCGUAGUUAGUUUAGAUUGUUCUGUACCAUGAUUCGGCCCAACAGGUCCAUGACCUGUUUUCAUCAC